CUGGGAACGGUAUACCACCGCACAAAGUAAACAAACAGCCGACGGGAAGCAUGGUUUGUGUCGAAUGAAAAGCGCUGCUGCUAUCUCCGUUACACACGCAAAACAUGUUGCGCUCUUUUUCCUUUUUUGUUUUUGUAUUUUGGAUUAUUAUUAUUUUGGUUUGUGUAUAGCAACGCGGCGUGUGGUCUCUUCCCACCUUUUUCGCUCUCGAUCCUGCACGCUGGCGAGAGCGUUUGAUUGAGCAGGUUUGUGAGAGAUGUCGGACGGAAACAGAUGUUUUCUUCUGCACAGUACUGUACGGCGAUGGAGGCGCCUGGUGCCGCACGUUUUUACGGUUGAGGAACGGAAGCAAAUGGCCGCGGUGAAUGCGUUCGCUUGCAUAAACAAUCCAACCGGUGGCCAUGAGGAAAGAGAGAGAGAGAGAGAGAGAGAGAGAGAGCGAAUGUUUGAGGUGAGAUUCUUCGGGAACGCUCUCUCGAGAGCAAAAAAGGAUUCGGGUGAUGGUGAUCACGAUUGAUAAAUAAACUCAAGUCGCGUCCACUGGAUUCAUUCAGUCUUUCGGAGUCGGUUGUAGCAACCGGACGGAACACAUCUGUUGCCCAUUCGCAGUGCGUGCUCCACGUGAAAGGAUACGGAUCGAGUUAACGUGUGGAAUUCUCGGCUUCUUCGCGUAUCAAACGUUUAAGACGGCUCCCAACCUUACAGGGGUUCGCGUUAGGGCAUUUUUGUGUUCGUGCGUGUGCGUGUGUGUGUUGUGCUUUAUCAAAGUGUCCGGUUUACAAGUGCAAUAAAUUAGCUCCAAAAGAUUGCUGCUGGUGAAAGUGGGACUGAGUGUUGGUGGUGAUCCUCGGUGUGGACGCACGGUACAGUGCUGUAAGCCCCCUUUACUACCAGGCCAGGUGGCAGUGUGGUGCCGAGUGGUGUAUUUGUUUUGAAUAUAUUAAAAACCAUGCGGGCACACACAAGUUUUGGUGCAAACCAGCAGCAGUACGGCAGAUUGAGAUAAUAAAUUUCAAUGCAUGUCUGCGUCCGCUUAACAUUAUUUUCGUAAAUGCGCCUCGCUAUCUGCUACCCCAGGUACUUAGGGGAAUAGUUUUGCACAACAUUCACCUGCUUACACCAUCGGAACCGAGAGGCGGCUGCAGCACUGUUUGCGAAAGGAUUUUAAACCGCGGUAACAAUCGACCAGCAUCGAAGUGGUCUCGGCCCCCCUGCUCGUUCAUCAUUUUUGGAGUACACUGCGGUCGGUCUUGGCCUCGAGCGGCCUCGGUCAUUAUACGCUGCUGACGGAGUGAAAUUUCAACCAAGUGCCAGAUUUCUCCUGGGGUCCUGAAAACGAAAAUGGCGACUUCUUCAAAUAUGAUGUGUGUUACAUUAUUUCAGGAAAGAAAAUGGAUUCAGGACUCGAAUGGCACGGUUGGUACGAUCUAACGCCGCCUGGCGGCGUUGAUUGAUCCCGCGAAGGAUGGAGCAACAAUGUGUGGAGGAGCGUGUCCUAGAAUGGUUGCACUACAUCUACAGCAACGAUUCCGCCGGGGCCAUCGUGCUGAACGCCGCUGAGUUCAAACAACGGCUGCUGUACAUCCUCGCGACGCGGUUCAACAUGGACGAAACCGGAGCCAGCUACUACCUGCACGCGUUCGAGUACCAAAACAUUACCGAGCACAACAUCACCGAGGAGCACGUGAACGACUUCCUGCGCCGGGUGUUCCAAUCGCUCAACUUCCUGAACCGCACCCUGCCGGAGCAGCCCGAGCCGGACGAGGUGGAGGCGACCAACUGUAGCGAUUACUGCAAGGGAGCCGUCCGGGAGGUUCUGCUCGAGUACAAAUUGCUGCACGGCUACAUUUCACUUGUGAUAUGUUUCUUUGGCACGAUCGCCAACAUACUCAACAUUAUAGUGCUGACUAGAAAGGAUAUGACCAAAGUGCCCAUCAAUCGCAUUCUAAAAUGGCUCUCGGUAACGGACAUGUUUGUAAUGAUCGAGUACAUCCCGUUUGCAUUCUACAUGUACCUUAUACUUCCGGACCGCCGAGACUACCCGUACUCCUGGGCCGUUUAUCUGAUGUUUCACAUGCAUUUCACUCAAAUCCUGCACACCAUCUCGAUACUGCUGACGGUAACGCUGGCAAUUUGGAGAUACAUCGCAAUCAAACAUCCGCACGGAUCGCUUGCUGUGUACGCCCAAUCCAACUACGGUCAGGCCAUUGCGUUGUGCUACAUCCUGGCGCCAAUCCUGUGCUUUCCGACGUACUUCGUGUUCACCAUACGGCAGACGUUCGUUUUCGAAGGCGACACCCAGCUGAUACUGUUCCAUCUGGAUACGGAUGAAAGUACCAUCGUCUAUCGGUAUAAUUUCUGGAUCCAUUCGGUAAUUAUCAAGCUACUGCCCUGCACCAUCCUCACCGUCAUCAGCUGCGUGCUCAUACAGGUGCUGUGGAAGGCGAGCAAGCGACGCUUGAAAUUGAAACAGGGCGGAAAUUAUUCGAAAAAUGGUACCUCUUCCGUGACGCCGCAGAGUGGUGGCGGAAGCAGCGGCGUGGUGCCACCCACCAGCAACGGAAAUCGCCACCCGAAAACGGAUCGCCGGGCCGAUCGGACGACCACGCUGCUGGUGGCGGUACUGUUGCUGUUCCUGUUCACCGAAUUUCCGCAGGGCAUCCUGGGGCUGCUGAGCGGCAUCCUGGAGAAGUGUUUCUUCCGCCGCUGUUACGGCCUGUUCGGCGAGGUGAUGGACCUGCUGGCCUUAAUUAACGCCGCCAUCGGAUUCGUACUGUACGGGCUGAUGUCGAAGCAGUUCCGGACGAGCUUCAAGUCGGUUUUUUUCAAAACUCCAACCCAUAGGGCCGAGAUUACGCGCAUGACCGGCAUCACGACCACCUGUGUCUGAUCGUGUAACGCACGCUUCCUGCACCUGCCCACCACACGCUACGGUCCGGGCCCUCCCCUGACUUCGAUCUCUCCGGCACAGCCAGCAGCUGUCGACCACCAUCUGCACCAUCCCGUCGUAUAGCGGUUGAACGACCCCGGGCUGUUGACCCCAGAUGUUAAUGCCCCCAGUACUGCUACCGAACGAUCCGUUUUGUUUGUAGGUUAGGUCUGAUGCAAACCAAAACCAAAACUACCACCAUCCCUACUCUCUAGGUAUCGGAGGGUGCAGCUGCGAUAGUGCCACGAUAAAACUGUAGCCAAGUAGCUGGUAGCGGGCGCUGUAGAGCUUCACAGCGCGAUAGCAUACUCAUCAAAGUGCAGUAGAGCUUUAGUCAGUUGUAGUUCUUCCGUUUUUUGCUUAAGACGCGAACCAGCUCGCCGUGGAGCGUACCUCCUUGACUGCGCGCGCGUGACGAGUGAGACGAAUCAGCGGAAAUUUAACCAUGUUUGCUAUUUACCAGCCAUGGGUUGGAGUUGUGAUUUUUAUCGAAAGAACAAAAAAUAAGGGCGCAAAAAUUGCUAGAAAAUGCUAAUGAAACAUGUACAUAGCCACACAUACACACGUUCAUACAUCAACUCAAUUGCUGAACUUUGCCAGUCAGAAUUACUUAUGUACAGAGCGCUAGAACGAUAAGAUUUGUGUUUUUUACUAAUUCAAUGCUAUUUAGCUAAAUGUUUGUAGGUAAAGCGUAAGCGAGGAAGAGCACAGAGCUGACAUCAUUUUUUGAUGGCAACUCCACUGUAAACUGUAAGAAACAAAACGAAAACCGAAGCUGUUUGUUACAAUGAGGUCGGUGCGGGCAGAAGUUUUUAAUAAUCGUAGCAAAUAUGAAACAACUGUAAGCGUUUCACGUGCGAAUGGUUUCAAGCUUUCAAGUCGUAGCAAUUAUUUAUCCCUACCCCCCCGCAACAAAGAACCACCUAACCCACCGUGACCAAGCAAACCAAUUCCACACCCCUUUGGCCGUGGAUGGCCGUUCGGUGUGGAGUUUGUUUGACUUCGUGCAGACGCAGACCGCUGGAUGCAAUAUCCUGUGCAAGGUCCACUGAGCCCAACACCUUCUUACGGAUAUUCGUCCCAAUGGUAGGAGCAAAACAGUACACAUCAUUACGACGGUUGGCUGUCGAUUGGCCGGAGAUGGAACACAGGUUUCGCCAAACCCACGACCACACUUUUAGGCUUAGCUGCUGCGAUGAAUCGGAACGAUUGUCAAUGGACCAAAGUACUGUCGCAAGCGAGCGUUCAUUUCCGAUCCGGCAACGAGUGUGCGAUCAAACUAAUGAUUAGUACUAUUUUGGCAGACUUUUAGGUAGUUGUUACCACUUAAGCCGUUCGAUGACGUUGGCAGGAAACCAUUUUCUUUCUAAGGAGCAAAGGUGCAAUUAAAUGCGUGCAAAACUGUAUAUUGUCAAUCGUACAAACUGUGCUACCCUAGGUGGUUUAUUUAUUAGUUUUAGUACCACACCGCUGUACGACCACCACCCAAUAGGUCCAACUACAUACAUACAUCGCACAAUAAGCUGGUGAAGGUGGUGAUGGUGAGUGUCGUAUGGAGCACAAGUUGCAACUUGGUAGCAGAUAAAACUGGCUGUACUUUGGUAGAGAGCUUACAUGCAGUAGACAAAGCGGCAGAGCAGCUGCGUAAGGAAUUUAUAAUCGUACAGAAACCCAACCGAAACGAUGACACAAGCGAACGAUUCAAAUUAGUGCAAAAACGAAUUUAAAACGACAAAUGUGUAUUGCGACCGAGAUGAGUGGUGGUGGCGAUAUAGCACCGAACCGGUGAACCGAGAUGCUGUAUUUUGAAUUGUAGCUGUUAAGAUAUUGCAUGCAGAGCAGUGAAAGUAUGUACGCGGUUUGAAAUGUAAAUGGGUGUCGAAUGUG